AUGGCUUUGAAUGUUGCCCCGGUCAGAGAUACAAAAUGGCUGACGUUAGAGGUCUGCAGACAGUUCCAGAGAGGAACCUGCUCCCGCUCUGAUGAGGAAUGCAAAUUCGCCCACCCCCCCAAAAGCUGCCAGGUUGAAAAUGGAAGAGUAAUUGCCUGCUUUGAUUCCCUAAAGGGCCGUUGUUCAAGAGAGAACUGCAAGUAUCUUCACCCUCCCACACAUUUAAAAACUCAACUAGAAAUUAAUGGGAGGAACAAUUUGAUCCAGCAAAAAACUGCAGCAGCCAUGCUUGCCCAGCAGAUGCAAUUUAUGUUUCCAGGAACCCCACUCCAUCCCGUGCCCACUUUUCCUGUAGGUCCCGCAAUAGGGACAAAUACGGCGAUUAGCUUUGCUCCUUACUUAGCACCUGUAACCCCUGGAGUUGGGUUAGUCCCAACGGAAAUUCUACCCACCACACCUGUCAUUGUUCCCGGAAGUCCACCUGUCACUGUCCCGGGCUCAACUGCAACUCAGAAACUUCUCAGGACUGACAAACUGGAGGUCUGCAGGGAGUUCCAGCGAGGGAACUGUGCCCGGGGAGAGACCGACUGCCGCUUUGCACACCCCGCCGACAGCACCAUGGUCGAUACGAACGACAACACCGUAACCGUUUGUAUGGAUUACAUAAAGGGGCGUUGCAUGAGGGAGAAAUGCAAAUAUUUUCACCCUCCUGCACACUUGCAGGCCAAAAUCAAAGCUGCGCAGCACCAAGCCAACCAGGCCGCGGUGGCCGCCCAGGCAGCCGCGGCCGCGGCCACAGUCAUGACUCAGUCGACUGCCAAAGCAAUGAAGCGACCUCUCGAAGCAUCUGUAGACCUGGCCUUCCCACCUGGUGCUCUUCACCCUUUACCAAAGAGGCAAGCACUUGAAAAGAACGGCGGCGCCGGCAGCGUGUUCAGCCCCAGCGUCUUGCACUACCAGCAGGCCCUCAGCAGCGCGCAGCAGCUGCAGCACGCGGCCUUCAUCCCGACAGGGUCAGUUUUGUGCAUGACACCCGCUACCAGUAUUGAUAAUUCUGAAAUAAUCAGCAGAAGCGGAAUGGAAUGCCAAGAAUCUGCAUUGAGAAUAACUAAACAUUGUUACUGUACAUACUAUCCUGUUCCCUCCUCAAUAGAAUUGCCACAAACUGCAUGCUAA